AUGCCAAAACUCGUCCGACUCCUCCCACUCUCCCUACUAGUGCACAUACCCACCGCAAAAUCCUUCACGCUCACCAAUUGGGCAAACAACCGAGUAGCCGAAGCCGGUAUCGAACUCUCGCUCGGCACCCCCAGCCAGUUUGUAUAUCUCGCACCCUCCGUGAACGACGACGAGAUCUUCGUUGUCGGCCCCGACGCCUGCACCCCCACCUGCCUCACUCGGAACGGCGCCCAAUUCAACACCUCCAUUAGCAGCACAUGGCGUCCGACCGCAAAUGUAACGAUAGGUAAUGCUGGCGCCUUCGACUGGUGGAAUGGAAGCCAGGUGGAAUUUACGCUAGGAUACGAGCAAGGCCAGUUUGUGGACGCACCGGAAAACACAAAUUUCUCGAAUCUAGGCAUCAAGAUCGCGGUGCUGAACGAGUACUCGCCGGAUGAUUCGGUGCCGACGCCGAAUACACUGGGGCUUGGAAGCAACUCGACGUUUCUGAAUAGCCUGGUAAGGAACGGUGUUAUUGAGUCGCGGUCAUUUGGAUUGUACGAGAAGAAUGUCGACAUCGGGCCUUUUAACGAGUCGCGUAUCGUAGGGAAACGAUACUCGUCGCCCAUCGUCCAGAAUACGGGCUACCUCGGCGGCCUCCAGGUCACGGUAACAGAUAUGACAAUAAACGGGAAGUCCCUCAUGAAUCGGACAAGUGGGCCUUUUAACGCGACCCUAGGGUUGUCGACAGGGAGGGCGAGCUAUGUGCCUCAGGUUGUGGCGGAGGAUUUUUAUAAUGUAACUAAUGCAGACGCUCCCACGAACUGGAGUACUUAUGAUGAGCCUGUGUGGAACCAGGCUAGGUCCUCGGCGCUGGAGCCGUUUAUCAUGGUCGUGAAACUGUCGAAUGGGGCGACUUUGAAUGUACCGAGUUCCUUAUUGAGGGUCCCGAUUUGGGAGGGGAAUGAUACGGGUCUGUAUUAUAUUUCUCAGGGUGAGUAUUAUACGUAUGGGAGUGGUGCUCAACCUUUGUAUAAGAGGAGCAAUAUGGUAGGGAUUGAUUUGUUGGAUGCGGAGGUAAAGGCAGAUAAUCCGGGUGUUGAAGCGCUCUUGGGGAUGGAUUUCGUGUCAUACCGAACUUAUCUUUAUGUGGAUUGGGAUAAACAGGAGUUUGAGUUGGCAGAGUUGAAGGAUAUUUAUAGUUCUGCAGGUGUUGUGCAGAUCAGUUGGCGUACAACUUGGGCGGUGGUAUUUCUUUCGGUGGUAAUGAUCGUAAUGUUCUAG